AUGUCAAGUUCUGUUAAGCAUAGAAACGAUAAACUUCGAUUAUUGGAUGAUCAAUUUGAAAAGCGGUCGGAAAAUUGUGACAAAAUCAGAAGAUAUCAAUUGGAAACAAUUCGUCAAGAAUUGGGGCAAGUCCAUCUUAACGAACAAGGAUCUGAGUUAAAGGAUGAAAUGGUUAACAAAGCUACUAAGACGAGUAAAGAGUAUGUAAAGGUUGAAAGUGAAUUAUUUACAAAAAACAGGCGAUUUUCAAUCAAUUCUGACAACCUUGUAAAAAGUCAAAUAAAGACUGAUGUUAAGAAAUUUCUCAAAAACGAAGAAUCUGAUUUAGAAAGACAAGUAGAAGUUGCGGAGGAGAGUCGUUAA